AUGGACUACUGCAUGCGAGAAAUAGAAGGAAAGCAAGCACAUGACCCUUUGUUCAUGAAUAAUAAUUAUAAUAACAUGUCUUCAUCUUCCACUGAGAGAUGUGUAUGGGUUGAUGGGCCUGUGAUUGUAGGAGCUGGGCCUUCUGGGCUUGCAGUAGCAGCAUGUCUCAAAGAGAAAAGAAUCCAAAGUGUAAUACUAGAGAGAUCUAAUUGCAUAGCUUCUCUGUGGCAGCUUAAAACCUAUGAUCGUUUACGCCUUCAUUUACCAAAGCAAUUCUGUGAACUCCCCUUUAUGGGGUUCCCUUCUGAUUUCCCAACGUACCCAUCAAAGCAGCAGUUCAUAGAGUACUUGGAGAGUUACGCAGAGGGGUUUGGAAUUAGGCCAAGGUUCAAUGAGACGGUGAAGCAUGCAGAGUUUGAUGCAAAGCUUGGCUUUUGGCGCUUGAAGAGUUUUAACAAGGCGGAGAAGACGACGGAGUAUGUGUGCCGGUGGUUGAUUGUGGCCACCGGAGAGAAUGCAGAGGCGGUGGUGCCUGAUAUUGAAGGAAUAGAGGAAUUUGAAGCACCCAUAAGGCAUACAAGUUUGUAUAAAAGUGGUGAAGAGUUUAGAGGGAAGAGGGUUUUGGUGGUGGGGUGUGGGAAUUCGGGUAUGGAAGCGUGCUUAGAUCUUUGCAACAAUAAUGCUACUCCAUCACUUGUGGUCAGAGAUACAGUACACGUUCUACCACGAGAGAUGCUGGGAAAAUCAACUUUUGGGUUGUCCAUGUGGUUGCUCAAGUGGUUACCCAUGCGACUUGUCGAUCGGUUCUUGCUAAUAGUGUCAUGGCUUAUGCUUGGUGACACUGCUCGAUUCGGAUUGGACCGGCCUCGUUUGGGUCCUCUUGAACUCAAAAACCUUUCUGGAAAGACCCCUGUGCUAGACGUGGGUACCCUUGCCAAGAUUAAAGGUGGAGACAUUAAGGUACGUCCAGGCAUUAAGCGGCUUAAACGUCAAACAGUGGAAUUUGUAGACGGAAGGACAGAGAAUUAUGAUGCAAUCAUAUUGGCAACGGGUUACAAAAGCAGUGUACCCUAUUGGCUCAAGGAAGAAGAUAUGUUCUCCAAGGAAGAUGGGUACCCGAAGAGGCCAUUCCCAAAUGGAUGGAAGGGUAAAAAUGGGCUCUAUGCGGUGGGUUUUACCAAAAAGGGUCUACUUGGUGCGUACAUGGAUGCCAAGAGAAUAGCAGAAGACAUUGAACGGUGUUGGGAAGCUGAGGCAAAGCAUAGAACUGCGUUUGCACGCUCCCACUUGCCGCUACCAAAUUCAUAAAUAUAAUUGGUAUUUGGUUUAGGCGCAAAAAAAAAGAAGAGGUUCAUCAAAGAAGAGAUUGUUAAAGAAAAUCAUGAAUGGAAACGGAGGAUUUUUGUGGCAUUACGGUAUCACACGUGUUGAAUGCUAGUAGCAAAGUAAUGCUCCUCCAAUCCAUGCAUGGGAGAAGUGGGCAAAAGCGAAAUGAAAAUGAGGAAGAUUUUACAAUGGUGCCCUUGAGCUUAAUUUUGAUGGAUCGGUGAGCUUGGGGUUGAGAAGGAGAUAUUGAAUUGAAGUUGAAGAAAAGAAACAACGGUGGUUCUCUGUUGGGGGGGGGGGGGGGGACCUUGGUCCUUUGUUUAAUUUUGUGUACUUCUUGUACAUUGCAAUUUUUCCUAAGUAGGUUUGACUUACAGGAGAGAAAGAGGAAA